AUGAAAGAUAGGCUUAUUGGGUUGUUUCCUUGGCCAUUUGUGAUGUUGUUGCUGAAGCUCAUGGUGUCUUUUCGUAUGCUUAGCGUAGAUUGGCGAAAACCCGUCAAAUCCAUAGCAUCAUUCUUGAAAAGAUGUCUGCCCCGUGUUAUUAAAGCUCUUGCACAUGUUAUUUUGGUAUGUAAUGUUGUUGAGCAUUGGGUGGUGUGCCGGGUACGGUUAGUGGACUGGGAGAUCGAGCUUUACGACUUCUUUAGCCACCUUUCAUCAUCAAAGGUGUGUAAUGACCGAGAGCUUAUGUUGACCCCUCUCCGACGACUACUUCCCACACUACUUCACCGGUCCGGUUACUUUGAAACUAUGAAUAUUCCACCCAAGUUAAAUGUCUUAUCAAUUAAGAGAAUGCCGAGUGAAGUUCAGUUUGGAUACCCAUAA